AUGAAGGAACACGUUGUCCGCUACCCUGGUCUGACUGCCGCUCUCGAGCGCGUCGACUUCAGCGGCAAGACUGUCCUCAUCACUGGAGGUGGCCACGGCAUGGGCAUCAACAUGUCCGAGUCUUUUGCCGCUCGUAAUGCUGUCAAUGUCAUUAUUGUCGGUCGUAACGAGGGCCGUGUCCAGGCCACUGCUGCUAAGCUCGCCGAAAAGUUCCCCAAGACCAAGUUCACACCCUUUGGCGCCGACAUUUCCUCCAGGGACGAUAUCAAGAGACUCUUCGACAGCAUAGAUGCCCCUAUUGACUAUCUCGUGAACAACGCUGGGUAUAUGAGCACACCGGGUUCAUUCCGAGAAGCCGAUCUUGACGAGUGGUGGUCUGGUUAUACCAUCAACGUCUUCGGCACCGUCAACGUCACCCAGAACUACCUCAAGCACCGCGCUACCAAGGGGGCCAGCACUCCCGGCGUUGUUAUUACUCUCAACACCAUUGCCGCGUAUGAGUUUGAUCUCCCCGGCCUCACAUCCUACGGUUCCACCAAGGCUGCUCUUGCCCGCUUGAUGGAGUUGAUCGCCGUCGAUGUCCCCAAGGAUGUCGCCCGCUUCAUUUCUAUCCACCCCGGUGCGGUUGCUACUGACAUGGGCCACAAAGCUGGUGUCAUUGAGUCUUUGACCGUCACCGAGGCUUCUCUCACUGGUGAUUUCACUGCCUGGUUGGCGUCCGACGAGGCUAGCUUCUUGGGCGGACGCUUCGUCUGGGUCAACUGGGACGUCGAUGAGCUACUUGCUCGUAAGCAGGAGAUUCUCGACAAUAACAUGUACAAGACUGCCCUUGCCGGUGCCGAGACUAACCCCUUCAAAUAA